UUUGUUACAAGAUGGCGGAUAUAUCCUACAUCCAGACAGAGGAUCUAGAGGACCCGGAUGAGGCAAUGGAAGCCGAGGAUGACGAAGAGAUCAUUGAUGGUAAUGAGGGCUCCAGAAUCAUUUUUUCAUCAGGUAUCAAGCGCGAUGGCGGCGGUGACGAAGGCGGAGGAGAUGAACAGUUCCUUCAAAUCAACCGGCUGCAGCAACACGCCAGCUCGGAAAAGAGAUUCAACCGACAAAUGGUUGGGCGUAUAUUGGUGGAAAUGUUUCGCGCAGCGGUCAAUAACAAAAUAACGCUGAUUGUCGAAGAGGUCAUGCAACUUGUGCAACUUGUUAUCGACGAUAACGAUGCUUUGGUACGGUCGGACCUAGUAGAGCAAAUUCCAAAUGUGGCGAUUAUCUGCCACGAAGCACCGCAUCUCUUCGGCUAUGUUAUCCGCAAUUAUCUACUUGAUAUCGUGAUGAAGUACCUGAAUGAUCAGGAUAAUCAGGUACGACAAAUGGCCCAAAGCGCGCUGACAGUGUUGAUGAAACGAGGCCUUCUUGACAACGACACGAUCGAGAACGUUAUCUGUCCUACGAUAGAAAAACUUUCUUACGUAUGGCACUUAGGAUCCCGCGAUAUGGUCGAAGAACAUGCUCGAAACGCGAACAUCUCCCUCAUGUGUAGAUUGGCACCGCUGAUUGGUAGCGAACUUACAGAAAAGAUCUUUCUGCCACGAUACUUAGACCUAUGCGAGGAUAACGAUAUGAUGGUGAGGAGAAUCUGCGCUACUCACUUUGGGGAAAUGUGCAUUGCUGUGGGAAAGGAGAAACUGUACAGCAAAUUGAUUCCUAUGUUUAUUGAUUUGUGCGGCGACAGAAUAUGGAACGUGCGAAAAGCGUGUGUCGAGGUCAUGAUGCCAGUUUCUUGCUGUUUGACAGCCGAACAUCGGCGAUUAUUACUUGCGGAUAUAUUGGCUAAGCACUUGAUCGAUGACUCCAAAUGGGUACGAAUAUCGGCUUUUCAGAUGCUUGGACCGUUCAUAUCAACUUUCGCCAAGCAGUUCGCCGAAGUCACUUAUAAUAAGAAUGGUGAAUUAGUGUAUAUCAGUAAGCAGGAUAAUCAUCCCAGUAUAUGUUACUCGUAUGAAGGAAUCUUUCCUAUGAAGAGAUCGCUUCCCGCGAUCAAAAAUCAAAUACCAGAUAUGGACGAAGAUAUGAUAGCAAAUACCAAAUACAGAUUUAAUACUAAAAGUCCAUUUUAUCUGCCUGUGAUGAGACAUGAAGACAUUAAAGUAUCGGAAGAAGAUGAUUCCGUAAAAGAAGAUGAUUACCAAAAAACAGAACUUGACUUCCCAAAAUCUUGGCGUGAAGAAUGGUACCAAUGUAAAAUAAAAAAAGAAACGCGUGAUGCGGAAAAAUAUAAUCCAUUUUUAUAUUAUUAUAUACCUCCGGAUGUACCACUGGAUGAUGAACUUACUCAUGCCGCAAGACAAUCGGCGAUGAAUCGUAAUAAUGUCCCGAAAACGGCAGAAAUUGAACAAAAUUUCAUCGAAGAAAAUAGUUCGUCUUGCUCUUCCGAAAGUCCAGUUCCUGUCGUGAAUUUAAAUAAUGAUAAUUCAAAUAUGAACGAGCAAUUAAACGAUGAUUCAAAUGUAAACGUCUAUAAAAUCAAAUUUUUUUCUAAAAAUAAAGUUUUCGAGAAAUCAGUUCCUCGCGUAAAUACGAAUAGUGAUGAUUCAAAUAUAAACGAGCAAUCAAACGAUGAUUCAAAUGUAAAGGUCCUCGAAAUGAUCAAAUUCUUCGAUAAACAAAAGGAAAAGCAAGACGACGAUAAACAAAAGGAAAAGCAAGACGACGAUAAACAAAAGGAAAAGCAAGACGACGAUAAACAAAAGGAAAAGCAAAAUGACGAGUGUAUCUCUCCAAAGCCAAUGCAUUUCGAUCGUGAUUUCUCGAUAGAGUCAUCUCGAUUUCGAAGAGAUUGUUUGAAAACUUUACGAGAAAAAUUCGAGGAGGGUAAGCUAGAGAGAAAAUUUUAUAUAUAUGACGAAGAUUCUAUGAGCAAGAGUGACGAAUCUUGUAAGAAUUUAAAUGCGAAGCAUAAUAAACAAGAGAUUGUACCUCAAGAAUUAAUCAAUUAUUAUGUAUCAAUGGCCAAUCCGAGUCAAUGCGUGUUCAUGAGUGCCGAUAUCCCACAUUAUUGUGCCUUUAGUUUUCCUGCAGUCGCGCUCACGCUGGGCAAAGAGAACUGGCAUUACUUGAAGAAGGCUUAUCAAUCGUUGUCGAGCGCGAAACAUUGGAGAGUUAGGCGUACUCUAGCAUCCAGCAUUCAUGAGAUUGCCAUGAUUUUAGGCGAAGAACUCACUGCUACUGACCUCGUUCCAAUUUACGACGGUUUUAUUAAAGAUCUCGACGAGGUCAGAAUAGGUGUACUCAAGCACUUUGCAACUUUUCUGAAAAUACUCAAACCCGUCGAUCGCUGUCAAUAUCUAUCAAGACUGAGCGAUUUCCUUGCUACAGAUAACGAAUGGAACUGGAGGUUUAGGGAGGAAUUGGCCAUACAAUUGCUCGAGAUUGUAAGUCUGUUCAGUCCGAGCGAUGUGGCCCAGAGUAUCGCGCCGCUGUCUUUCCAACUGCUUGUAGAUAAGGUUGCUGCUGUUAGAACCAUCGCACUUGAACUGAUCACACGAAUAAUGUGUUACUUGUCCAACGAGGAUGCUCUGGUAAUGUCUCUUAUUCACGAACUUCGAGAGACUCUAGUUCUAGACGCUAAAAAGUGGAUACACCGGCAAACUUAUGCGCUUGUAUGUGCCCACCUGAUUCGCAACAACGCGAUCCCGGAAGAGAAGUUUUCUAAGGAAAUGUUACCAUGUUUGAUAAGUUUAUCGUGUGAUAGAGUACCUAAUGUAAGAUUAGCCGUUGCGAGAACUAUAGCAACGGAUGUGAUUGCGAUGGGCGUAGAUAAUUUGGGCACAGACAUGAUGGAAGAAGUGGAAAGAAUACUUACGAAAAUGCGUGUUGAUGUGGACCGAGAUGUAAGAGUGUUAGCCGGAGGUGAAGAGCAACAAAUAGACAUACUAGCUUAUUGUUCCUCUGAUGAAAAUAACCAAGUCGAACAAGCAAGAAAUAUACUAUUUUAAUAGUGAUGUAUUCUG